CGCACCCACAAUGCAGCGCGCGCAGCCGCCGCGCUUCCGGGUGCGGGCCCAGCAGGGCGGCGGGCCCGGCGCGGUGCGAGGGGCCGCGGGGCGGGCGGAGCGCCAGGUUUUUUUCGACCGGAUGUGAGCGAGCGAGCGGGCGGACCAUGAGGCUCCGACUGUGGCUGGUCCCUGCCCUAGUGUUGCUGUGGGGGCCAAGCGGGCUGGAGGCGCUGAGGCGCCCGCCGCGCCGGCAGCGCUACGAUGCAGUUGAGUCCAUGCUUUCCAACUACGACAUCCUCUCUCAGUCGAGCAUCCAGCAACACUCACUGAAGAAGAGGGACCUCCAGCCAGAGACGCAUGUAGAGAGGCUCUUAAGCUUUUCAGCCCUGCAGAGGCACUUUAAAUUGUACUUAACUGCAACUGCUGAACACUUUUCAGAAAAAUUUCAAGCAUUAAUUGUGGAUGGUGAAGGCAAGGAAAAGGAGUAUCGUGUUCAAUGGCAGGACUUUUUCACUGGACAUGUCGUUGGAGAGCAUAAUUCCAAGGUUGUGGCACAUAUUGGGAAUGAGGACUUUACAGUAAGAAUCAAUACUGAUGGAGAAGAAUACAAUAUAGAGCCACUGUGGAGAUUUGUAGAUGAUGUGCAAGAUGAAAGACUACUAGUCUACAGAUCUGAAGAUAUUAAAGAUGUCUCACGAUUGCAGUCCCCCAAAGUGUGUGGUUAUUUAAAGCUGAAUGAAGAAGAACUGUUGCCAAAAGGACUGGAAGAGAGGACACAAAAUGAAGCAAGCGUCCAUCGGAAGAAAAGAGCUGUUACAGAGAACUCUAAAAACACGUGCAAGAUGUUGGUAGUGGCAGAUCAUCGUUUUUUCAAGUAUAUGGGCCGUGGGGAAGAAAGUACUACUAUAAACUAUUUGAUUGAAUUGAUAGACAGAGUAGAUGACAUCUACCGAAAUACUUCCUGGGACAAUGGAGCCUUCAAUGGGUACGGCAUACAGAUAGAGCAGAUUCUCAUCCACAAUGAGCCACAUACUGUAAAACCUGGAGAAAAGCAUUACAAUAUGGCAAAAAGUUACCCAGAUGAUAAGAAAGAUGCCUGGGAUGUGAAAAUGCUGCUAGAGCAAUUUAGCUUUGACAUUGCUGAGAAAGCAGCUCACGUGUGCCUUGCUCAUCUCUUCACGUAUCAAGAUUUUGACAUGGGAACACUUGGACUGGCCUAUGUUGGCUCUCCUAGACCUAACAGCCAUGGUGGCAUUUGUCCUAAAGCUUAUUAUAGUCAAAUUGCAAAGAAGGACAUCUAUCUGAACAGUGGCUUAACCAGCACCAAGAACUAUGGGAAGACCAUCCUCACAAAGGAGGCUGACCUGGUUACAACGCAUGAACUCGGACAUAACUUUGGAGCAGAGCAUGAUCCUGAUAGUCUGCCGGAAUGUGCCCCCACUGAAGACCAGGGAGGGAAAUACGUUAUGUAUCCAAUUGCUGUCAGUGGAGAUCAUGAAAACAACAAGAUGUUCUCAAGCUGCAGCAAAAAAUCCAUCCAUAGGACCAUAGAGAUCAAGGCCCAGGAGUGCUUCAAAGAGCGCAACAACAAAGUGUGCGGGAACUCCAGGGUGGAUGAAGGGGAGGAAUGCGAUCCUGGCCUCUUGUACCAGCAGGCUGAUCCCUGCUGCUCCGCAGACUGUAAGCUGAAAGAUGGUGCCAAGUGCAGUGAUCGGAACAGUCCCUGCUGUAAAGGCUGCCAGUUUGAAAGUGCGCAGAAGAAAUGCCAGGAAGCCAUAAAUGCCACUUGCAAAGGAGAGUCUUUUUGCACCGGGAACAGCAGUGAGUGCCCUCCUCCAGGGAAUGCUCCAGACGACACAGUCUGUGUGGACAUGGGGAAGUGCAAGGAUGGGGAGUGCGUCCCUUUCUGCGAGAGGGAGAAGAACCUCCGGUCGUGUGCGUGCAACGAAACAGAUAAUUCCUGCAAGGUGUGCUGCCGGGACGAGCAGGAUAGGUGCAUCCCGUAUGUCGAUGCUAAUGACCAGUUCCUGUUCCUGCGGAAGGGGAAGCCUUGCACCGUGGGCUUCUGUGAUACAAACGGUAAAUGCGAGAAGCAAGUACAGGAUGUGAUUGAACGAUUUUGGGAUUUCAUCGACCAACUCAGCAUCAAUACUUUUGGCAAGUUCCUAGCGGAUAAUAUAGUGGGCUCUGUGCUCGUCUUCUCGUUGCUCUUUUGGAUUCCUCUCAGCAUCCUUGUGCACUGCGUGGACAAGAAAUUGGACAAGCAGUAUGAGGAGAACACCAAGUCCCUGUUUUGCCCCAGUAACGUGGAGAUGCUCAGCAGCCUGGAUUCUGCCUCUGUGCGAAUCAUCAAGCCCUUCCCGGCGGCGCAGUCGACGAGCCGGCACCAGCCGCUGCAGCCCAUCACUGCUGUGCCCGCUGUGCCCGCGGCACCCAAACAGGACCACCAAAGAAUGGACACUAUUCAGGAGGACCCAAGCACCGACUCGCACAUUGACGAGGACGGGUUUGAGAAGGACCCUUUCCCAAAUAGCAGCUCAGCUGCCAAAUCUUUCGAGGACUUGACAGACCAUCCUGUCAUUAGGAGCGAGAAAGCUUCGUCCUUUAAGCUACAGCGCCAGAACCGCGUGGACAGCAAAGAGACAGAAUGCUAGUGUCUUGCUGCCUCUUAAACGUAUGACUUGUGUCUGCAAAAUAAGGAUCUAAAACCAUUUCAUUUAUAUAAAUAUAAAUAUAUGUAUAUAUAUUUUUGUGAGGGAGUGGGAGAAAUAAGGAAGUGACCUACUGCAGAUGCUGGUCAUGUGUAUGACCUUCCUUAAAUUACAUUUAUUAGAGCAUUAUAUCUUUUAAAAAGGAAAAUCCAAACUAAAACUGGCUUGUUUUUGAAGCUUUUUGGUUUUGUUUUUCUAUUUCCUUGACCUUUAACAUUUCCUUCAACCUGUGGUGCAAAACCAAAUAUCCUGCUGGAUAUUGGAUUGUGUAUAUCAGCCUUUUUUAUAAUUUUAAUAUUUUGUAGUCUGAUAAAAUUAAGGGGCUUUUAAAAACAAAAUGAAAACACUGCAGUGUGUUCCACGUAGAGUAGAUCAUGUAGUAAUUUAAGGUACAUGUAAGUAAAAGUCUAAACAGAUGCCUUGAGAACAAAAUGAGAGUAAUGAAACGGAUAAAAACAUUCAAUGGAGGUGCAUAAUUGGAACAAAGAAGUUCAAGAUACGCAGCUUCUAACGAAAUAAAAGGGUCAUACAGAGGUUGUUAGACCUUACAUCAGGGGCGUUGAACUCGUGUUCACCGGGGCCACAUCAGCCUCGCAGUCACCUUCCAAAGGCCGAAUGUAUAAAUGUAGGAGGAGUUACAGUUAUAUGGUCCUAAAACUACAUUUGGCCCUUGGAAGGAGACUGCGAGGUUGAUGUGGCCCCGGUGCAAAUGAGUUUGACACCUCUGCCUCACAUGAGGCAUGGAAAUGCUCCUCUAGCGUGAAACUCUUUUGUCUCUCACAGUGAGGUUGUCUUGUCUUCGUGUCUUCCUUGCAGAGAAGGGCUUUCUCUGGGAGUUCCCCGCUCUGCAGUGAGAGGCUGGUGUGCCACAGCUGUCUGGUAGGAGAAAGAGGUCUAAGUGGAGAAAUCAUUUCUGUGGGUGAGGGCUCUUCUAACCAGCUUUUUACAGUGGUUGUUUCAGUGCAGAAAUGUUUCUCCAAAUGUUAUUUUGAAAUAGGUAACGCUAUUGUUGAGAUGUUCAAAGAGCUGAGCCUUAGUUUUCAGGUCUGUGUGGCCUUUGGAAGCUCCUACUGCAUAAAUUAAUGGGAGGGGAAAAAUUUACUCCACUGCAGUGGGGAGCAUUUGUUUCAAAACAAUGGUGAAUUUAAUAAAAAAAUAAAUAAACCUUUGUUAAGCUUACAGAGCAAAUAUAAGGAGGAGACUUCAUGGAUUCCGAUCCCCAUGCAGGCAGAACAAUGUGCUGUUACAAUCUGGUCAUUGAGUGGUGUCCUCUGGUAGACCUGGAGAUGCGGUAAGGUGAGCUGGGGCUGGCACCUGAGCCUAGUUUUAGUUUUAGCAGAUGGACUGACACGGCGGAGUCACAGCGCAGCUGUAGUGAAUUCUGCAGCUAUUUUCUCCCAUAAUAAUCUGUUGAGAAAACUGACAUAAAACACAACCGGGGUAGAACCCUUUUAAUGUUGCGGAGCCUGUGCCCAGUCUCAGGGGAGAUGCAGCAGUGGAGCCUUCGUAGUUUUACAUGUGAGGAAAAGGAACCAAACCUGUGCCGAAAGGAUGGGGGGAACCCACCCCUGUUCCCCACCAAGGAUACUUGUUACACUAAUACUUGAACGUGUGCCUUAUAGUGUUCCUAUCCGACUAGGUAUUGAGUUUUAUAUACUGGUUUUGAACUUUGUUUGGGGUUUUGUUUAUUUGGGUUUUCUUUUUUUUUUUUUUGAUUCAGUGCAAAGUAUGUUUGUGAAGAGUUAAUUUAAUUCCCAAUACAAUAAGAACUUUUUAUAUUAAAAAAAAAUAGUUAAACAAGA